AUGGCAAGGAGUACACUUCAGAAACUUUUAAGGUUUUGUGAAGAGAUCAAGCGUGAUAAGCUUGACAAAAAGGCAGAAGCUGGCAUCUUUGUUGGGUAUAACACCAUAUCCAAAGCUUAUAGAGUUUCUCAAAAACACACUAGUCGUGUUAUUGUGAGCCAAGAUGUUCAUUUUGCUGGAAAUGAGCAAUGGAAUUGGGAAGGACUGACGAAGCUCGUUGUGAUUGCUUAUGGGCUUGCAUCUGGAACUCCCAUCCUAGGCAAAGGCAUUGUUAUCUGUCAGUAUCCAGCGGACCCAACUGUGGCCCUCGGAUAUCUUUCCCUUGCAUUUCUUCUUGCUUCUUUAAUUGCAGGAUACUUCUCUUUGAUCUAUCCUUACCAACGAAAAUCCGUUCCUCGAGGUGCCUUUUUUAAGAGCACUAGUUUCUCUAUUUUCUUCAACAUUGCCCUGUUCACAACUGGAUUGGCUAUAACUUUGCUCGUAUGGCCUACAGUCACCAACCAAAUUUACUUGACUCGCAACGUUCAUCACAAUCUUGAGACAGCAUGCCCGACCGCUAUGACUGGUCUUCUUGGUGGAAGUGCAUUUCUAUACCUUGAUUCAUCCCUCUUCUGGUUGGUUGCCCUAAUGUUUGCUGAAAAUGCUCAAGAGGACUACUUUGAUGAAAUAGAGGAAAACGGAGACAGUGCUGAGGUUCUAGCUCUUUAG